CCACCACCACCACCAACACCUCCGCUCUCGCUUCACCCGCAGAUUGUGCUCGACGGUUCCCGGCUGUUGGCAGGAGGACGUGUACGCGCGCGCGCGUCGGCGAGCCGCCCCCCCCGUGGAGAAGAAUGUGAUGACUCACGCCAGGCAGAAGGGUUCCCCCGGGCCGAGCGACGGGGCCGCCGAGUGGUGGGACGGCUGCCCUCUUUGGCCACGCGGCGGCGCCGGCACCAUGGGCGACACCUGGCCCGAGCGCUCGCUCCGAUUCGGGCGGACGAAGAAGAUCGCCGAGGUCAUCAAGCAGAGGAGAGUCCCGGCCAAGAGGGCGGACGACAAGAAAGGGAAGACAGAAAAAUCGGAUCAUCGGAACAGAAAACUGGACCGGAGGCGCGACAAGAAACGGGACAGGAAGUCGUACCCGUUGCGCGGACGGGCUGCGGGUUCGGACGGGGAGGGGCUCAGCUGCCACGUCCUCCUCACCCGAUUGGAGGAGAGCAUCCGAGAGCGGAAGAGUUCCGAAGAAAGGGCGCGGAGGGAGGCGUCUCUCAGACCCAAACCCCCAAAGUCGAAAAGCGUCAAAAGAAAAGAGGCAAAGCCUCGACCAAAAACCAAAUCGAAGUCAAACAGCCCGAGUCGCCACGAGUGCAUUGAUGUCCCGCAACCUCGCAAGCGCAGGCUGGCCUCGCUCAAUGCCGAGGCGGUGAACAGUCUGCUGCUCGAAACAGCCACCGAGUCUCAUUCGGCAGCUAAGCAGGCCAGAAGACGGGAGGAGCCCACCAACAGAGGGACUUCACUGGAUGCAAAACCAGCCAGAAGCGGCGGAGGUCUGAAGGCCACACGGGGAACCGUCGGUAAAGCCUCCGCGUCUCACAAACGCAAACGAUGCCGAAGCUCCAAGCAGGUCGAGAAGGUCAACCGAGCAGAGAUGAGUCAGGAAAGUCUGGAUGCCCCCGCCCCCAGAAGGUUGGCGGGACUCAACGCCGCAGCCCUGCUAAAGUUAACCAGCUCCUCUGCCACCAGUAAGCAGCGAGUAAAGAAUACACCCACAGCUACUAUCACGUCAGACUGCAAGGCCCCCGCCGCGGCCACGGCCCCGAAGCGCCACUCCGGGGUCAAACACAAGGGUCGCUCACAGAAGCAGACGGGGAGAAAGGUGGCCCCCCUGCACGGCGGCUGCACGGCCUGCGAGAAGAAGGCGGACUUUGAGCCCAAAGUGGAGUGGGACACCGGCAGCUGCACCCAUAGACUGACCAAACCGGGCUACCAGUCUCGCAGCAUGCUCGCGUACCCCUUGAAGCAAGUGAAGGAAGAGCAGCUGGAGACGGAACUGAGCCCGUACUACUGCUGCCCGCCGGAGGGCUCGGUGGAAUACUGCCACCGUUUGGCCUUCUUCCUGGGCCAGCAGCCCUACGGGGGAUCGGACGCUGCGCCGCUCAACUCGGCCAUGGCCCCUGUGAAGCGCGAGUGCCUCGUGACUGCGCCGCCACUGCCCCAUUCCCACCCGCACGCGGCCCUCACCCUCAGCCCCCACCCCUGCCUCUGCACCGCCGAGCACUGCUUCUCCAGCUACUACGUGCACAUCGCCCACCCGACGCACGCCGGGACGACGACGACGACGUCGGCGGCGGGCAUGGCCUCGCGACCUCUGAACUUUGCCCCCUCCGGUAUGUGCCCCAAUCGGACGACGGGCUCCAAGCUGCCCCACCACGCCUACUGCAACUCGGUGGCCUCGCCCUGUUACGGUGACGCCUGCGGGAUCGGCGGCUACGCCUACAGAGCCAUGCCUCCCGUCACCAGCAGGGGGUGCUCCUUCAGUACAGGGUGCGCCGGGUGCACACACGGUAUCAAAACAGAGGGUUACUCUUCCCCUCAAGGUGACCACAGCCCCUCCCUCCUCGCCCCCCCGCCCCUGCCCAUCUCCAGCUGCCCUCUCUCCAGCGCGCCCACCUCCACCCAGACUCGACCCCGCCCGCUGUCAGGGCGAGACCAGCCCCAGGCCCGGUUAAAGCUGGCCCCCGAGCGCCCUCGGAGCAACGAGUCCGCCGCCGGCUCCCCGUCCGUUGGACGCUCACGGCCGCCCCAGAGACAGCCGCCGCCGCCGCCGCCGCCCCUGCCGAACCUCGGCGGCGCCAAACAAAAGAGAGUCAGCCGCAGACGAGCCACCAACGGUUGGAGGCCCGUCGGAACGCCAACGGAGAGGGAGGUCUUCAUCGCGGGAGAGGAUGAGACGGCCCCGCGGCAGUGUUACGAGGGAGUGGAGCGGGACGGGGAAGUGAUCCACAUCAGAGACACCGUGCUGCUUCGAUCGGGCCCCAGGAAGAAGACCCUCCCUUACGUCGCCAAGAUAUCGGCGCUGUGGGAUGACCCCAAAACAGGAGAGCUGAUGAUGAGUCUUUUCUGGUACUACCGUCCUGAGCACACACAGGGAGGCCGAGAUCCAAGCGCACACUGUGAGAAUGAGAUCUUCGCCUCUCGGCAUCAGGAUGAAAAUAGCGUGGCCUGCAUAGAAGACCGAUGCUACGUCCUCCCACUAGCCCAGUACUGUAGAUUUUGUGCCUUGGUGAAGCGGCGUGCCGAAGGCGCCCCACCCAGCAGCGCCAACGUGGUGCCCUGCCGGCCCGACUUCGCCCCCCCCUCCCACCGCUGUGUGCCCACGGACGUCGACCCCGAGCUGGUGUAUCUCUGCCGGCACGUCUACGACUUCCGCUUCGGACGCGUCCUGAAGAACCUGCAGUAGAGGGGGGGCGGGGCAGGGCGGGGGGUGAACUAAUCGGAACUUGGCUCCGCCUCCCGCACAGAGAGCUGAAGGACUACGCGCCCCGGUCUUUUCUGCUGGGGGAUGU